GGCAUCGUCGCUCGAAAUGCUUCCAGUCGUAUCCCGAAGCUCAAAAGAACGUUUAGAGGCCGGGCGUGUUCGGUGUGUAAUUUCCUGAUCUACAAGCUGUGCAUUCUUCAGUUAGAGAUAGCGGCAAAAGCUGUGUAUAUUUCGACAUGCCAAAAGAAAAGGAUUACAGCAGUAUUCCUAUGGAUUCGAAGGAAGAGGCGGAUUUUUCCACGUUCUGGAACGCCGUUCUGAAAAGGGACGCGACCAAAUGCCAAACACUGCUGCAAGGAAAUUCUGAGCUGAAGAAAAAAAUCAAUCUCAAGAAAAACAAUUCAACUGUUUUGCAUUUACUUGCGAGUAAAAUAACAAAGGAAGAGGGAACCAGCAUUUUAAAAUUGCUACUAGACCAUGGAGCCAAUGUCCGAGCUGAAGACAAGGGCGAAAACACCCCCCUUCACUUGGCUGCGAAAGAAGGCCUGGAGAGCUUCUGCCAAACGCUCAUCGGGUUCCAGGAAGCUCACAACUCGAGUCCCGACUUGGACAAGACGAACGCCGAGGGAAUGACGCCGAUGCACCUCGCGUCCAAGAUGGGAUAUUCCAAUAUUGUCAAGCUAUUCCUGGACAAGAAGGCGAAUCCUAAUGUGUUAAAUAACGCUCAUUGGUUGCCUCUUCAUCAUGCAGCCGACGGGGGAUUCACUGACUGUUGCUCGCUCCUGUUCCCUCUUUAUGCAGGAGACGAGUCCCUUGGGCCCUCUGUGAAGUCCCCGCUCAUGCUGGCUGCCCACGGGGGAUGGUAUCAAUGCCUCGCUGUGCUGUCCGGGGAAAAAACGGAACUUAACAGGAAAGGCCCAAGAGAAAACACAGCAUUGCAUGUGGCUGCACGGUCAGGUUAUACGCUCUGUGUCAAGGAGCUCGUUAGAAUGGGAAGUGAUAUUAACGCGAAGAACAAGAGUGGAAACACUCCAAUAAUGGAAGCAACACAAACAGGUUUUAUGUGUACUGCGAUAUUUUUGGCAGAGAUGAAUGCUAAAUUAGAUACUAUAAACAAAGAAAGCAAAAAUCUCCUCCAUUUAGCCGCUUGGGAUCCAUCCGGGGAGUGUAUGGACUUUUUCCUAAACAAAGUCGCAAAUAAGAGAGACAUCGCAAAAAUGAUUGAUAACCAAGAUUGUCACGGAUAUACACCUCUUCAUUACGCCCUCAAGAAGAGCGGAGAGAGGAACGGCCUGUUGUUACUAGAAGCCGGUGCUUCCACAAAGAUGAAAUCCAACAACAACGCGAAGACCUGUUUACACUUAGCGGUAGAAAAUCAGAAAAGUGCCGCCGUCAGGAGAAUAUUGAGCCGUGGGGAGUGCGAACUGGACGCCGAACUCAAGACCAAAGAGACGCCAUUCCUCCUCUCAACGAAGCUAGACUCGAGCGACAUAUGCCUCCAGCUCUCGAGGAAAGGUCCUCGAAAGAAUGCGGUCAACAUGUAUGGCCAGACAGCUCUACACCUAUGCGCUCAGUAUGGGCAUCCGUCCGUUAUGAAGCUGUUGCUCAAGCUCGGAGUCGAUAAAUUUGUCAAGGAUGAUAAUGGCUCCGAAGCUCUGCACACUGCCGCUGCGAGGGGGAACGUGAAGUGCUGCAAACUGCUCAUGGAAGCUAGUAAAAUGAGCUGCAAAGUGAAAGAUGACAGUGGUAGAUAUCCACUUAACAUUGCUUUUGAAAAGGGACAUCGAGAUGCGUUCAGUUUCCUCCUGAACAGUCUGCCUUUUAAGUCGUACCAAAAUCUGCCUGGUGGACUGCGCAUCGCGAUCCGGUCCAUCGCACAGACUGCUUUGGAAAACAGAACCAGGUGGGCGGUGGAAGGGGUGAUCAGCAGCGCUUUCUGGGAGGCCGGUUUCGGAGCGUCCGUGGUCGGCGAGACGGACCCGGCCAGCAACGCCAAGAGGAACGUCCCUUGCCACAAUUUCAGGCGUCUGGUCCUCCUCUACCCAGACCUCGCUCGGAAGGUGCUGGACAAGUGCAUCAGCUUGCAUCCCGUCACCAAGCACACGGUCUAUGACUUCAGGAUUUUCGAGGACAACUUCUUCAUUGAGAAAGAUAUAAGGAAAAGUCCGUUCGACUUCUCAACGUGGAAACUCUUACCCGAGGCGGAAGACCUGUAUUCUGAUAAAGUGGAGUGGAAAAGGAAACAUCCCGUGAACAUGAUGUUAAAAAGUCAGUCAAUCCAUUUGCUUCAACAUCAGUUAACGACGGCAUGGCUGAAGCACAAGUUUGUGACGUACACAUGGCUUCCGUUUAUGCUGGUCCUGAUCCUUCAUAUGCUUUCUGCAUUUGCGCUCAUGGGAUAUAUGUUUACAGUCCGGACGUGGGAACAGUUGGCAAGAAAGAAUAACAUGACAGUCGAAGAAAUAUGUGCUAAACAACCGGACUUCCUCACGGAUUCCGACGCGACAAAAGCAUUCUACUCAAUUACAGUCAUCCUGUUUUUAUGUGAUAUGGUGUUAAACGUCAUGUAUAAGGUGCGCCUACAAGUGUACAAGUAUGGUAAUUUUGGAGCAAGAUUCGUUGACUGGAUUUACGCAGCCUGGAUGUUGGCGCUGCUUCUCCCGAUCCCCUACUGCGGCGUGGUCAGCCUCGGAGUCAAAUGGGUUUACCUUUGGGAGUGUGGCAUUUUGUCAAUCCUAUUGAUGUGGGGACGCCUGGGAAACACUGUGAGCAAAGUCCCUUUUAUAUCGGUCUAUACGCCAGUGACUCAGAAGUUCGUGCUUUCCUUCCUCAAGGGCAUGUUGUACGUGCUGUCGGUGCUGUUCGUCUUUGCCUACACCUUCCUGUUGUUAUUUUCAGACCACGCGGCUUUCAGUACAAUUUACCAGGCGUGGGUGAAGUCCGUGACAUGGAUGUUUGGAGACCUGGGUUAUGAUGACACAUUCAUUGAGAAAUCAGUUUACUAUCCAGUGUUUUCCAAUAUCCUUUUUCUUCUUUUCCUGUUAGUCAUUGGUAUUGUGAUUGUCACAUUGGUGAAGACUCCAGCAGUUGAUGAAGAGGAAGUGGAAGUCCAAAGGCUGGGAAAAUUUGCAGAAAUGAUCCUAAAAUUCGACGUGUGUUUUCAGUGCUGCAGAAAAAAGGUAGUUAGCAGUGGAACAGCCAAUCCAGGUUUUAUGUUGAGACUGAAGAAAAGCUUUUUUGAAGAUUGUUAUCGAUUCUGUGGAAGGCGCCAUGUUGUUGGCUGGACAUAUAGCACUUCAUACAGUUUCAUGUUUCGACUUCAGAAACGUUUGCUGCAAUAUUUCCUAGGUUCCUGGCUUGUUGAAUCGUCAAAUGAAAAUAAUAUUGAUGAAGGUUCCAGAAACGAAGAAAUUAUUCGUAAAUUAGAUGAAGUUAUGAGUCUGUGCAAUCAUCUUGUUGACACUGUUCGAAAGCAAGAAGAGGAAAUUUCAAAACUAACCCAAAGGAAGUUGGAAAAAUAAAAACAUUUGCAUGUUAGUACACUUUUUGGCAUCAAAAUUCCAUGACUUUCCAAAGAGGUUUUGUUAUUUUUCCAUGACUCAGUUUUCCUUUAACUUUUUGGGCAUAUUCACGAUACAUGUAUCCUAUUACAUGUACAAUAACUGUAAUUUUUAAAAAAUGUCAAAAGAUUUAUUUAAUGAUUUGUGAUUGUGAUUUAUUGAUAUUUAAGUAAUUAGCUGCUUGAAAUGGAUCAGCAUAUAUGUUUUUUUUUUCAAUAUUUCACUAGUUACUUCACUCUUCCGAAGUUUAUUUUGAUUUCUUUCUGAAGACUUUCUCAUAAUAUAAACUGACAAAGAAGAAUUAAAUUCCCUCUAUCCAUGGUUACGUAGAGAUAUUGUGUCUUGGACUAAUAAAUAGUACCAGACUCAAUAUAAAAGACGUAUGGAACCAUUUAUUCUUAGCGUGACUCGUUAAAGAAAACUAAAAAUUUCUAAAUAGACUUUCUCCCCAUUUUAUAUCACAUGGCUGAUACAUAUAAUUAUUCAAGUGUGUAACACAAACACGCAACAGUUACCGAAUUAGAUCACAAGUGCCAGAAUAUUUUUUUUCUUCUUUUCUUUUUCUUUUUUCCCCUUUUUUACAGCUUGUCUACAAAUGUUAGAGUACCAUCACGAAGACAUUCAAAUACAGAUCUGUUAUCUGGUGGUGGCAGCAGUGGCUCCGAAAAGGAUAUAAUACUAUUUGUAUCACUAGUCUCCUAGUAACGCUACAUAGUGUUGGUUUAAUCCUGUCCUGGGCAGGUGCUUGCUUCUGUAUUUUGGGGUGUCGGUUCUUCCGGCCGUGACAAAGGGGUGCAUUCGCCGGAAUUGCUCGAGGGGGAGAAAGUUAUUUGGGCAAGCAAGGCUCAGGCGUGGUACGUGCGAUGCAAGGAAGGAAGGCAGCUGCUAGGGCCUGGGUGCGAAGACGAACCCAUCCAGCUCCUGGAAGAAUCUCUCGGGCACGAAUAGAAAGUUGGAGAGCAUACAACUAUAAACAGUGAAUCCUUUGUGCUACUGAAUAAAGGUCUGCUACUCAGGUAUUACUUUCACAUACUCUGUAAUAUCUAGUUUAAACUUUAUCUUAAGUAGAAACACCAUUCAACAUGAUCGUAUAUAACGUUAAAACAGGUACAGCAUUUGAUAUCAAACAUUUGAGAUGAGCUUCUACUGUAAUCACUCAGGGAGUAGCGUGGCGUUGACACUGGCCAUGCUAAUGAAAUAUUCAGUUGAUACAGACUGGAUAAAGGUCAAAGACAAUUUUAUUAGGUUUUAAGGUAUGUGUUUAGUCUUUACAUUGUUAUUGAUUUCUGGAAAAGCGUUUGUGCUGCCAGUGUAAGCUUAUUGUAUUGUUGUAUUUUCCUGUUGACAUUAAAGUGAUUGAUAUAG